CCCGGACUGUCCGCGUGCAGCAGAACGGCCGGAGAGAGAAUCUUCCUCGCGACCAGAUUCAACAAACUCUGCUGGUUACCAACGGUUACCUGCUGCCGAACCGGAUUAAACCGCCUACCGACCCGUUUCAGGGGUGAACCGACUAACGUGUUUUCUACCAGCUGACUGGUGUGAAACACUGACAUCAUGGAGGAGCUUCACGACGUGCAGCUGACGGAGAUCAAACCUCUGCUCACAGGACAGAAUAAGAGCAACCUGCAGGAUGUCAACUGCAAGGAAUACGACGUGGAGACAGCGCAUGGAGUGCUGCAUGUCACUAUGAGGGGCGUCGCCAAGGGCAACCAGCCCACAAUCCUCACCUACCACGACAUUGGACUGAACCACAAGUCGUGCUUCAACACACUGUUCAACUUCGAGGACAUGCAGGAAGUGACGCAGCAUUUCUCUGUGCUGCAUAUUGACGCUCCUGGACAGCAGGACAACGCUCCAACCUUCCCCACUGGGUACGAGUACCCUGCCAUGGAGGAGCUGGCUGAUAUGCUGCCGCAUGUCCUCUCCAAGCUGCAGGUGAAGAGUGUGAUCGGUAUCGGCGUCGGAGCUGGAGCCUACGUCCUCGCCAAGCUGGCUCUGAACAAGGCCAGGUUGGUGGAAGGCUUGAUUCUGAUCAACAUUGACCCGUGUGCCAAAGGCUGGGUGGACUGGGCCGCCUCCAAGCUGAGCAGCUGGACCAGCAGCCUGGUGGACAACAUCAUGGGACACCACUUCAGCUCUGAGGAGUUACUAGAGAACAAGGAGAUCGUUCAGACGCUGAGACUCCAAAUCUGUCAGGACAUUCCUCAGGAGAACCUGGCCUUGUUCUUCAGCAGCUAUGAGAACCGUAUUGACCUGGAGAUAGACCGACCCACCCCUGGUCUCACUGGAAGCGGCCUCGUCACACUCAGGUGUCCCACUCUGCUGGUGGUCGGAGACAUGUCACCUUCUGUGGACGCCGUGGUGGAUUGUAACUCCAAACUGGAUCCCACCAAGACCACCCUGCUGAAGAUGGCGGACUGUGGGGGACUUCCUCAGGUGGUUCAGCCUGGGAAGUUAGCCGAGGCCAUCAAGUACUUCCUCCAGGGAAUGGGAUACAUGCCCGCGGCCGGUAUGACCCGUCUGAUCCGCUCCAGAAGCCGCUCCGCCACCAAUGCGAGCUCCAUGUGAGUCUGGCGCCGUAGCGCCACCGACGCCCACCAAGGGGCGCCGCUGAGGUCCUGACCAUCCAGCCAGCAGUGCCGGCCUUGCGGUUCUGGUUCUGCUCCUCCUCCUCCUCCAGUUGUCAGAGUUCUUCCUGAAGAGUCCAGUUCAUGCUGGAGAUUGGACCGGUGCGGUUCUGUUGUCCAGCAGUUGCUAUGGUAACACGUUUCUCUCUUCGUGGAGUUUACAUGCCGUUGUUCUGUGGUUCUUGUUCUCUUUGAUCAGACAUUUUUCUCUUUCUUGUGGUUCUGAUCCGAUCUUUUUGAUAUUUACUCGUCGUUGAUAUUUGGUUCUGACGGACCCGACUCCUUCAGGAAGUUAAAUAUUUAAAGGAGUUUCACGUCCUGAAACUCAUUUAUGAACUAAAGCUUGAGGGGAGGUCCGAUCCGAUUCAACUCCAGAACCCGACUGGUUCUGCUUCUAAGUCACAGCUUGGCCCAAAACCAGAACUGAUCUUCAUCUGCUUCGUCAGAACUUGUUUCUAGUACUGCCGGGUCGGCUCGAUCCGCUUCCCUCAGAAUCUCUGCAGUCCAUUUGUCGGCAUGCCGAGUCGUAGCAUGAGAAGUUUCUGUGGGCCCGAUGUUCAGCUCUACUGAAGACACCAACAGCCCCAGAACCUGGUUCUGCUCCAUUCUCUUCAGUAAACGGGAGUCCAUCAGGAGCUCAGAACCCUGUGGUUCCUGGAGCAGAACCGGGUCUUGCUGCGGUUCUGGUGGUUUGGGUUUCCUGUUGCUCUGGUUCUAAACCUGCUGGAUGUUUGUUUCUGUAGUUUGUAAUGAAAUAAAGCUGAAAUAAA